UAAUCAACUUUCGUUUCCAAAUAGGGAUUCACCUACGUUGCCCCCUCUGUCUUGGAAGAAAUGCAACAGCCACGAGUCGUGACGGCACGGUCACCCCGCCGGACGCCGCGGCCUCACCACGGCAGUCAUCACCAUCAUCACCAUCACAUGGGCAGUCACAGUAGUCAUCACCAUCAUGGGGGCCACGGUCACCAUCGGAUGGGCGGUGCGAUAGGAAACGGCGUCAUAACGCUGGAGGAUGAACAGAUGCUCAGUAUGCCCCGGUCACAGGCAAUGCCAUCAAGUCACCAGCCCCAGCCGAUGCCCCAUCAUAUGGUGUUCCAGCAGCAACAGCACCAACAACAACAGCAACAGUCACAACCUCAGCAGCAACCGCCACAGCAGCAGUCAGCGGCGAGAAGUACGCAGUUCGUAGCCGGACCCAAUGCGCGACAUACGCCGGCCCAUUUGCAGCCAUUUGCGCCACGGCCUUCGCCUCAGGACGAAAUGAUGGAGGUGUAUCCGGAGCUACCGAUUUCAUAGCCUAGAAUGGAAUACAACAAUUUUAGAAGAUUUAUAAUAUAAUAAAAAAAUAAAAAAAAUACUAGUAGUCUAAUUCCCCUUUACCCAUCAUCCCUCACAUCGGAAGAAGAUGCAACAGAAAAGCAACCAACAGGGAGAGAGAAAACCGAACGGCAACAGAAAUCGGGCGGCAGAACAAACCAACCAACCAAUGGCAGUUGAUGGUGAUGAUUCGACAGAACACAAAGAAAGAUAAAACGGUAUAUGAAGUAAGUGAGGAUUUGUUAGAAAGAACGCUAGAAAUGAUUGUACAAUACAGUAGCAUUGAAACAGCAGAGCUGACACCGUUGCCGAACCAUAUUUCAAACAGUUGAGGAUUUUUGCCGAUGGUUUUUCCCGCAUUACUCGGUUUUGAUUUAACACUUUCUAUCGUUUACAUUUUCUGAACGGUGCCCGAGAAGUCCACACGUUCAUUAUCUUUUGAAUUUAAUUCUAUUUGUUUUAGAGAAAAGGACGCAAUACUUAUUUACUUUUGUUUUUGGAUCCCUUUACAAGUUGUUUACAAUCGAUGUAACUUCUAUCAACCGUUUAUUAGUCGUAUUAACGUUCUACUUGAUGUAGCGACGAGUUAGUAAAGGCUAUUUGUGCCGCAAUAUGAUCAUUCACUGUAUAUUACACCUUCCAACAAUUGCUUGAUUAUGUACAUAGUAGUUUACAAAUUUGAUCGGAAUUCAUAUAGGAAUAAAAGAGGGCAUGAAGGCAAGCGAUCGCUGAUCCAGUUCAUGCCACGCGAGAACCACACGGAUCCGACAUUGUUGGAAAUAUGGUACAUUUGGCGGUAAUCAUGUUGAGUUAAGAGUAUUUAGCAAGAUUGAUCGAGAAGACUAGGCAAUAUUUAAACGCGAUUGACCAUUAUUGAAGGAACACGUACUCUCCAUAGCAGGACUAAGCAGAUAAGAAUAAAAGAAUGAAGUUGUGUAAGUUGUGAAAUACUGUGAAAAAAAGUUUCGAGUGGAUUCAUUUUUCUUCGACUUUAAUAUCGUUGUUUCUCACUACAUGUACCCAUUUACUAGUCGGACUUUAUCGGUGGCCGUGAAUAUCUCAACUAAAACUGUAUUAUGUGCACAUCUUGACAAAUCAUUGGCGACGUACACUUGUGAUUAUUUUUUUUUCUUUUUGGGUUGUUCUGAUAAUCAUCGUGAAAUGUGACGCUGCCCCGGGUUCGUGGCCGAUAGAUGGCACCACAGCUCUAGCACUUAUUCAAUUCAGAUUCUAUUUGCUAUAUAGUGAGUGAAUGCACUCGGAAAAGGUGUAUAAAGUUUAGAAUUGUUAUAAACAAAUUUUUGCGCGGCGGAACAGAUGUGUAUAAAACUGUGAAUUCAAAACGCUAGGAUUAUCCCAAGGGAUGGGAGCUAAAAUUUAGCAAGCGUACGGAAAAAUUAGGGAAUUCUUUUUCAAAAUUCGAUAUUCUCUGCGACGCUAAGGGUUGAACAAUCUGUGUAUAGCUUUUUCUUAGCUUGUAAUUAUAUCGAAACGUUUCUAGAAAGAAGAUACACCGCAGCGUUAGGAGGUAUUGCUACAAGAUUAGGGUUCAAUCAAAGAUAAACAGACACACUUUGUUCAUUAUCGCUACGGCUAUGUGGGCUCUUAUAAUUGUCUGCAAUCUUGUUAUUACAAGCAACUGAUUCUUUUAAAAACUUUCAAAUUUUGCAAACUGUGUAGUAUCUCCGAUGUAGGGAUCGGUUUUCGCAAACAGACCGCUUGGUAGAAGAUCCUCCAAAGGUCCUCUCUGGAGCCACCAUAAAUGUCGGUGGCAGAAGCUACUUGUUUUU